GCACCGCCUGAGCGCGUCAAGGUCAGCUUGGAGCGGGUGGCCGCCUGCCUGGGGGCGGGAGACCCUCCUGGGGGCUGGGCUGAGGCCUCCUAGCUCCUCGGCCAUAUUGAACAGCCACGCCGAGCCGUCUUUGUCUGCGAAGACCUCUCCCAAGUCCCUGCCGCGUCCCGGGUGCCAGGGCGGGGAGGACUCGCAGCCCUCGCGCGCCAACUUGGAGUCGGGACACCACGUUACAUCUCCGAGCGGGCCUCGAGCCUCGGGACUGACCUCACCCCGGCUCACAUAAGCAUCCUGGGACUCGAUACCCGCCAGCCCUUUGUGGGGAGCCCGACUUGGUCACCACUGGGCUUGUUGCAGGAGGGGACUUUGGAAGGAGAGGGGAGGUGAGACCCUCCGGGCAGCGUUGCCGGGACCCUCCGCCCCGCUUCCCCCUAGACUAGGGGCUUCCCGUCGUCUGUUUGGGCUCCUGGCCCCCCACCCCAGAUAUCACCCUGGAGAUCUUAAAGACGCUGGAGAAGAGCCACAUCGGGGGCUGGUUCCCCUGGGGCUUCCUCCCGUCCCCCGACUGCCUCAUCCUCUGGAGCGUCCCCGAUGUCUGCAAAGAUGUGGAUCUGGACGUCCUCGUGGAAGCCCUGAAGCCCGUGGGCACCUUUAAGAAGAUCGGCAAGGUGUUCCGCAAGGAGGCGGACUCCACGGUGGGCAUGCUGCAGAUCGGGGAGGACGUGGACUAUCUGCUCAUCCCCCGCGAGGUCAGGCUGGCGGGGGGCGUGUGGAGGGUCAUCUCCAAGCCCGCCACCAAGGAAGCGGAAUUUCGGGAGCGGCUGAUUCAGUUUCUGGAGGAAGAGGGCCGCACCCUGGAGGACGUGGCCCGCAUCAUCGAGAAGAGCACCCCACACCCGCCUCAGCCCCCCAAGAAGCCCAAGGAGCCCCAGGUGAGGAGGAGAGUCCCACAGAUGGUCCCUCCUCCGCCUCGGCUGGUCGUGGGCACGUUCGACAGCAGCAACGCCAGCGACAGCGACUUCAGCGACUUCGAGACCUCCAGAGCCAAGGGCGGCAAAGGCCCGCGCAGCCGCAGGAAGGUGCGCAAAAUGCCCGUCAGCUACUUGGGCAGCAAGUUCCUGGGCAGCGACCUGGAGAGCGAGGACGACGAGGAGCUGGUGGAGGCCUUCCUCCGGCGCAGGGAGAAGAAGCCCAGCGCCCCGCCCGUGCGCCGCAGGGUCAACCUGCCAGUACCCAUGUUCGAGAACAACCCGGGGCCCCCACAGUCCAAGGCAGACAGGUGGCGAGAGUACGUCAGCCAGGUGUCCUGGGGGAAGCUGAAACGAAGGGUGAAGGGUUGGGCUCCCAGAUCUGGCCCCGAGGUCCGGGAGGCCCCACAAGCCUCCGCCCCCGCGGAGAGAGAUGGGGCGUCAGGGCCCAGCCACAGUGCCAGCCCCGGGCACAACAUGGGAAACGCAGGAGACAGGAGCGCGCUGGCCACCUCCUCCAGACGAUGGAGGCCCAAGAUCAACUGGGCCUCCUUCAGACGUCGUCGGAAGGGGGAGGCAGCAUCCCCAGCUCCUGGGGAAGACAUACCAGCUGACCAGAGGGCAGAGGGGGUACAUAACCAGGGGGCAGAGGCCCCAGCAGAUCAAGGGGCAGAGGCUGUAGAUAACCUGAGGGCAGAGGCUCCAGCCGACCAAGGGGCAGGGGCUGCAGACAUUCAGAGAGCAGGGGUGCCAGCUGACCAGGAGGCAGAGGCUCCAGCUGACCAGGGGGCAGAGGCUCUAGCUGACCAGGGGGCAGAGGCUCUAGCUGACCAGGGGAUAGAGGCUCCAGCUGACCAGAGGGCCAGGGCCUCAGCUGAGCAGAGGGAAGAGGCUGGGGAGGCCCAGGCUAUCCAGGAAGCCGAAGCCUCAGCUGGUCUGGGGGCCGCCGGGGCAGCCCCAGGGGCUGGGGCUCGGAAACAGGUCAAGACCGUGAGGUUCCAGACCCCUGGGCGCUUUUCAUGGUUUCGAAAACGCAGAAGAGCCUUCUGGCACACUCCCCGGCUGCCAACCCUGCCCAAGAGAGUCCCCAGGGCAGGUGAGGCCAGGAACCUCAGGGUGCUAAGGGCUGAGGCCAGAGCAGAAGCAGAGCAGGGAGAACAAGAAGAUCAGCUGUGAGGGUUCCCUGGGGACCUCAGAGCAUCCUGUGCCCACCUCCCAUCAGCCACUAAGGUGCCUCCCUCCCAGGUCCCAGCAGCUACUCUCUCCCUCCAGACUUGUAAAUAGAGGUGGACAGAGGGACAGGCAGCACCUCCCAUAUCUCUACCCAGUGACCCUCAUCUUAUCUAUUGUGCAUUUAUUAUUUUUUUUAAAUACUAUAUCCCAAAGAAUGUAAAGAAAGAAGCUGAUAGGUCAGGGUGGCAUUGCCCGGGGUUUUAACUUCUAAGUGCUCAGUUUGAAAAAGGGAGGAGGGCAGAGCAAGGGGGGACUUCCCAGCCUUCCUGCCUCCAUUUUGCCAACACUUGUAACUUGGCCUCCUUGAACUUGAAAAAGAGGGCUUAAGCCAACAUGCAAAUAAAAGUGUCUCUGAGUUGA